AUGUCGGGCCGCUUCUCGUUCAACAUUGUCAAGACCCUCACCGGGCCCGCUGCGCCGUUUGUGGCCGGCUUUGCCGCCACCUUUGCCCUCGUCCUCGCCAUGCCCAUCUCCGUGCCUGCAAAAGACGUGGGUAUCACGUACGGAGACCCCGAGGCCGACGUGGUCAUCACGGCCUUCCUCGACAUCCUCUGCCCCUUCUCCAAGAAGGCCUUCAACACCCUCGCGGCCGUCGUCGCCGCAAACGGCCGCCUCGCCCUCCGCCUCUACAUCACCCCGCAGCCGUGGCACCCGCAGGGCACACUCGUCAACCAGGCCGUCGUCCUCGCCUUUGCCCUCCUCCCGCACCGCACUGCCCAUGCCAUCCUCACUGGCAUCUGGGACGUCCGCGAGUCGUUCCGCGACGAGGACCUGCCGCAGGGCUGGACCCGGGAGACGCUGGUCGACAUGAUCAUGGCUGCUGCCGUCAAGGCCGUCCCGACCAUGGCCGGGCCUCCUGCAGACGCCUUCCGUGCUCGCCUGCUCUCCUUUGACUAUGACGUGUCCGGCAUGAAGGAGCUCAAGUUCCACAUCAAGCUCGCGCGCUUCAACGCCAUCCACGUCACCCCGACUUUCCAGAUCAACGGCAUCCGCCACGACGGCGCCUCCUCCUCCUGGUCGGCCGACGAGUGGUCCAACCUUGUCGAUCCGCUCCUCGCCGCCGCAGAUGCCGCCGCCGCCGCAAAGGCUGAGUUCACUGCCCUCCUCUCUUCGGGCUCGGACGAGGCCGCGGCGUCGACCGCCUCGGCUGCCACGGCCACUGCCGCAGCCUCAAGCCCCUCGGCCAACUCGGCCCUCGAAGCUCUUUACCACCGCUACGACCAGGACGGCGACGGCUUUCUGCAGCUCCCGGAGCUGACCUCCAUGCUCAAGGACGUCCUGCCCAACCUCGACGACGACACCGCCGCCCGCGUCGCCCGCGGCGUCUAUUCCAAAUGCAACAAGGUUGCCGGCGACAACCUGCCAAAGCAGGCGUGCCUCGACAUGCUCGACCUCCUCACUCAGUUUGGCACCGCCCCGUUUCUCUCCUGA